AUGAAUUUCGUUUUGUCGCGGCGAGUGCUGCGGAUGGGCGGCUGCCAGGUGCUGGAACCAAACAUAUAUAAUGUCCGCCAACUGCUGAAGACCUUCGACACGAUCGUCUACGCCGCGGAUGGGGUGCUGUGGCGCCACGAUCAGGCACUCACGGGAGCUGCCGAUACGUUCAAUGCCCUGCGGGCGAUGGGCAAGAAUUCGUUCAUCUGCACCAACAACUCGGAGGCCUCGUGCCGGGCCCUGAGCAAGAAGGCAGACAGCAUGGGCUUCCUGAUAGCCGAGAACGAGAUCCUCUCCUCGGCGCAGGCUCUGGCCCGCUAUAUGCGAGAGCGGAAGUUCAAUCGCAAGGUCUACAUCGUGGGUGGCCAGGGCAUCAUGGCCGUCGGCAUGGACUUGGGCCUCAAUGUGCUGAAGCUGACCAAGGCCAGCAUAUACCUCCGGGACCCAAAGACCCUCUUUUUGGCCACCAAUCGCGAUCGCGCCUUUCCAGUGGCUGCCGACCGUCAAGUGCCCGGGGCGGGAGUCGUGGUGGCUGCCAUACAGGCGGUGGCGAAGCGGGCCCCGUUCACCUGCGGCAAGCCCACUCCCUAUGUCUGCUCCCAUCUGAUACGUCAGGGUGUCAUCGAGCCGGAACGCACCCUGCUGGUGGGCGACACCAUGUACACGGAUAUGCAGUUCGGCUACAACUGCGGCUUUCACACUCUACUGGUGGGCACUGGCGUCAGCAGUCUCCAGGAUGUCCGCCAUGCCCUGGCCUCUAAGCAGGCCUUUGCGUACCAGCAGAUACCAGACCUGUAUCUGCACAGGCUCUCGGACUUGCUGCCAUUCAUACCCUCCCGAAACUAUUAAGGCCCCUACACCUGACACCUUACCCCUUACACCUUACCCCUUAGACUACAUUCAUUACUUUAGACAGACAGAUAGACACCACGCGC